UGGGCAUAUAGUAUACCCAACUCCAUCAACGAACCCUUCACCAUCUUCACCAAUAGGGUUCAAAUUCGGCUUCGAAAAACGCCUGAAAGUCGCAUUCUCCGACCACCCAUCUUCAAGGACACCCACAGGGACUUGGUCAGUGUCCGAGCUAGCUCUGACUCGGCCCCAGCUCCAUACACAGGUGACUCACGUUAGCAACGUUGAGAAGGAAUCACCAUUUUUCAAUUUCAAUUUCAAGCUCCAUAUAAAACUCAGCUUCUCAAUCCAAUACCCAAUGCCAAAAUGCUCAAAUUUUCACACAAAGCUCCUCACAAACUCAGUCCACAAAGCUCUCCCAACGAGCAGUAGUAAGUUCUCUAUUCCUUCACUUCACUUUCAUUUCUCAGUUCUCACUAUUCCAUCACCCAAAACCCCAGAUGAAACCAAUGCUCAAACUGAGCCCCCAUUAGCUAAUGAGAUUUUCAAGUCAAGUCCCCAUAUGGGUUCUUACAAAUUGGGUGAUUCCACUUUCUAUUCACUUAUUCAUAACUAUGCUGAUUCUGGUGAUUUUAGCUCAUUAGACAAGGUUUUAGAUCGAAUGAAACGGGAAAACCGGAAGUUUAUUGAGAAAAGUUUUGUUGUUAUGUUUAGAGCUUAUGGGAAAGCCCAUUUGCCUGAAAAAGCUGUUGAAUUGUUUGAUAGAAUGGUGGAUGAGUUUCGAUGUAGGAGGACUGUGAUAUCGUUUAAUUCAGUUCUUAAUGUUAUUAUACAAGAAGGGUGUUUUUCUCAGGCAUUGGAGUUUUAUUCGCGUGUUAUGGGUAGUAAGAACGGGAGUAUUUUGCCAAAUUUGCUUACUUUUAAUCUGGUUAUUAAGGCUUUGUGUAAGUUGGGAUUGGUUGAUAGAGCGGUUGAGAUGUUUAGAGAAAUGCCGGAUAAGAAAUGUACGCCUGAUGUGUUUACGUAUGGUACAUUGAUGGAUGGAUUGUGUAGGGAAAAUAGGAUUGAUGAGGCUGUUUUGCUGUUGGAUGAGAUGCAAAUUGAGGGGUGUAUACCUAGUGCUCCUACGUUUAAUGUUUUGAUCAAUGCUAUGUGCAAGAAGGGUGACUUGGCACGUGCAGCAAAGCUUGUGGAUAAUAUGUUUCUCAAAGGAUGUGUUCCUAAUGAAGUGACCUUUAACACCCUUAUCCAUGGUUUGUGUUUGAAGGGUAAGUUGGAGAAGGCAGUUAGUCUUUUGGAUCGAAUGGUGUCGAGUAAAUGCGUGCCUAAUGAUGUCACAUAUGGCACACUCAUUAAUGGGCUUGUCAGGCAAGGAAGAUCUCUUGAUGGAGCUCGUGUGCUGAUUUCUAUGGAGGAGAGAGGGCAUCGUGCAAAUGAGUAUGUUUAUUCAGCCCUAGUUAGCGGGUUUUUUAGGGAGGGAAAGAUUGAAGAGGCAAUGAAAUUGUGGAAGGAGAUGAAGGAAAAGGGAUGUAAACCCAAUACUGUUGUUUACAGUGCUCUUAUAGAUGGUCUAUGCCGAGAAGGAAAGCUGGUUGAAGCAAAGGAAGCUCUGUCUGAGAUGGUGAAUGAAGGUUGUGUGCCCAAUGCUUUCACUUAUAGUUCCUUAAUGAAGGGUUUCUUUCAGAUGGGUGAUAGUAAUAGUGCUAUUCAUGUGUGGAAUGAGAUGUCAAACAAUAAUUGUACCCGUAAUGAGGUUUGCUACAGCAUACUAAUUCAUGGCUUGUGUGAGGUUGGGAAGCUUCGUGAGGCAUUGAUGGUGUGGAACCAGAUGCUGGGCAAGGGAUUUAAACCUGAUGUUGUGGCUUACAGUUCAAUAAUUCGUGGCCUUUGCAAUGCUGGCUUGAUAGAGCAGGGUCUGAAACUUUUCAAUGAAAUGCUUUUUCUGGAGGCUAAAUCUCAACCAGAUGUGAUCACUUAUAAUUUAAUUUUCAGUGCUUUGUGCAAGCAGAGUAGCAUUUCCCGUGCCAUUGAUCUUUUAAACAGUAUGCUAGAUCGGGGUUGUGAUCCUGAUUUAGUUACAUGUGAUAUUUUCUUGAGAACUUUAAGAGAGAAGGUACACCCACCUCAAGAUGGAAGGGAAUUCUUAGAUGGGCUUGUGGUCCGGCUAUUUAAGCGGCAGAGAGUUGUAGGUGCUUCUAGAAUUGUAGAGGUGAUGUUGCAAAAGUAUUUGCCUCCAAAAGCGUCUACUUGGGAAAAAGUUGUUCAAGAGCUUUGCAAACCUAAGAAAAUUCAAGUUGGCAUUGACAAGUGUUGGAGCAACCUAUACUGCUGAUUUCUUAAGUCCUCAAACCAUAUCAGACUUGAGACUGAAACUAUAUCAGACAAUAAAGUGCUAUGGUUGUGACAAACCUGACGAUUAUUGCUCUCAAGUAAUCUGAAACCGGGAAUCCUAAUCAGACACAUGGAGCAUCCUAAUAUGGAAACAAGUGGGAAGGAGAUCUUAUUAAGGAUUGAGAGACUGAAAGGUAAAGAAGUACGGUGAUCUCAAGGCCCUGCACCAUCAACUUUCAUGGAUUUCAGCUUCUCUUGCUGAUGGGCCAUAUCACAAGUUGUAUAGUGAUCAAAGAAUACAUCCUAUAUUAGCAUUACAAGGCUGCAGAUUCCAAAUCUGAUAAAUGCCUCAGAACUUAAAGAUCCCAUGAGAAAGAUAUUUGUUGCAAUUGACAAGGAUGGAAACCAGGGAACAGGUGGAAUCCCACAAAGCUUUGGUGUCCUCUGUUGAGGAAAAAACAUUGAAAUUCCUGCAGUCCCCAAGAACCUAAGAGGAAAUGGUAACGGUGUAUCCAAGCCAACCAUUGUUCUUUAGUCCCCCAUAAAGUGAAGUUGCUAUUGAGGAGGCAAUAAACAUCAACAAGAAGAUAACUAGCUUCAGGAGGUUAAUUUGUGGGGUGAUUUCUCUCACAUAGUAUCUUCUCACAAGAAGUGCAACAGCCAUCAUCAUAAGGAGAAAGAGUGUUCUUACUGGUAACAGGCCUGCCAAGACAUCCAUCCCUGAAAAGAAAAAAAUAGAGGCACUUGAGAUGGUAAACAAGACAAGAGUGUAGUACUUAUGGGGGUUCCUGUCUUUGGUUGGACAAACAAACGAUGGUUGAAUCAAAUGAAAAUUAUGGAAUGCUAGCCUCAUCUUCAUCUUGUGCAAUAUGAGUAUUGUGCCGUCCUGGUGUCCCUACCAGAAGAACAGUUGUCAUCCCCUUUUGGGCAGCAAGAGCUACCAGAUACUUUGCCCAUUUCAUGCCGCACUCUGAAAUGCUACAGAGUAUGCUGCAUUUGGGUCUGUCUGUAUAUUUCUGCAUCAUAACUGUUGAAAGUGCCAUUAAGCAAUAUAUCACCAUAAUGGUGGACAUUGAUCCAAGCAAUCUUAAUGGUCUGUCUCGGGAUGGAUUUUUGGUUUCGUCAGCCAUGGUGGCAGUAUUGUCAAAUUUACCAUAAGAAAAUUACAGCAGCCAGAAAUAUUCCUUUAGCUCCGUAAGACAAAAAAGGGUAUCAAAUUUGACAUUUUGGCUAGAGCAAAUGCUGCAAUUAUCACAAAUAAAAUUGCUAAAGUAUUAACUGCUGAUGCUAUAUUGCUAUCCAAUUGAAGUAUUAAGUUUUCUUGUGCUGAUCAUUGCAAUUGUUGAGGAUAUUGCAAGGACAGUGAUAGCUAUUAGGUCCAGGAGAUUAAACCCUUUGCAGAGGUCUUUAUGAAUGCUUAAUGAGUCAGUGUGGUGGUUCGGUAGAGUCAUAAAGUAAGACACCCAUGCUCUGGCAGCUGCUGCAGUUCCGACAUUGCUCUCAAGCCGUUUCCCGAUGUUAUGAAAGCUGCAGAGUCACCUAAAUGAAUCCUUAAGUAAGCAAAUGCUGCUACUGGGAUUUCUGCUACAAAUUCUGUGUAGCAGAAGACAGAGCAUUGCUGAAACACCAGAAGCAACAUAGGAAGAAACACUGGCUGGUCCAGCAUAUUCAUGCGCUUCUUGGCCAGUGAGUACAAAGAUGCCUGCACCGCUGACUGCGCCAAAUCUGAAACAGGUGUGAUUGCCCCAGGUCAGGCAUUGUUUCAGAUCAUUCUCGGUUUGUUCAUGAAGUUCUCUGAUCUCUUCAGCAUCAUUUGAUCUGCUUAUGAGAUGAUCCUUGAUCAAAGACAUGUUUGUAUACGAUAGCACAGACUGAUAGGUGCCCCAUUUUGAAAGGAUUCCUCUCGGAAGACAUCAUGGUCUGCCCCAUUUCCAAUAAUGUCUUGGUUGGACAUCAUCACCCAAUUCUCCGAUGGAAUCCAUGUUAAUGUAUUCCCUUUAUUCUUUACUAACACUACACACUGACAAAAAGAUAGGAAGAUUGGUUCAGAUAAGUUUCAAUGUCUUACAGAUAUUUUUUCUUCAAUAAUUGAUAAUGAAGCUAAAGUUUAUGUCUC